AUGUCUUCUAAUUAUAGUCAUUUGGGUAAAACUCAAAAAAUCCAAUAUCUAAGUAAGGGAAAUAAUGUCUUAAUUUCAAAUGAGAAUAUAAGUAUGAAUAAUGAACCAUUUGCAUAUCGUAUGAUUAAUUAUAUGGCAUCACUUAUUGGUAUAGAUAAUACAAAUAAUAGAAAUCCAUGUUUAGGAUUACUUUCUCCAAUAUCUCCAAUUAUGUUAGUCAAUAAUAUUCCUACUAUGACAUUACCAUCUCCAGAACCAAUGAUUCAUCCAUUACCACAAACAAAAAAUAAUCGUAGUUAUUCAUCAUUAAAUACUAUAUCAUGGAGUCUUCCUUUUGGUCCUAAAAUAACUCCUUAUUCACACCCUUCAUUAAAUAAUGGAUUAUGUAUAAUACCUAAUGAUUUGCAUACACCUACGACAUCAAACUUUUAUUCACCUUGGGAAGUAUAUAUAGGUCCUACAUAUAAAUCUCCCUAUAUUGAAAAUAUUAAUAGUGGAAUCAAUAAUAUAAAUUAUUUUAAUAAAAAUAAUAAAACUAUUUGUAUGAAUAAUAGAGCAAAUAUAGUAAAUAAUAGGAAAUAUAUUUCCAAUUAUAAAAAGACAUCUGAAAAAUUUAGUAGACUUAAAAGUCAAAUUAGUCCACUUACUUAUAGUUUUACAACAUCCCCUAUACUAACCAAUAAUAAUGAUAAUUGUAUUGAUGAAUCAAUUGAAUUAAUUGUACCUCCUGAAUUAGCACAAGCUCUUCAGUUUAUUGUAUCUUAUAUUGUUAAUAAUAACUUUACAAAUUCCAAAAAUAUUAAUUCACCAUUUUCAUUAACAUUUCAUAAUAAUGAUAAAAAAACAAUUAUUGGAAGAUUAAAUAAAGCUAUUAUGGAAUUAGCUGCAAUAACUAUUCAAAAAUAUUAUCGAAAUUACAGAGGAGCUCUUCUUAAAAAAUUUAUUCAUUCAGAUUUACUAUGCAAAUAUUCAGUCCAUAAGAUAUUAAGUUCUAUAUAUAAAAUUCAGAGAUCUUGGAGGUUUUUUUUAUUAAAUAACAAUAUUGAAAAAGAAAAUUUAAUUCAGAGUGUACUUAAUAAUAGGAAUAAGGCUAGUAGUACAAUAGCAGCUUUUUGGAGAGGGUAUAAAAUACGCAAAGAGUAUGACAAUCUAUUUCGAUGUUUAUCAAUUAGAUGGAUUUGGAAUAUAAACUAUAAUGAACAAGAUAAUAAAGAUAUUUUUGAUAUAUUAAUACGGGGUUCCUUUACUUCAAAACCAUGGCAAGAAUAUAUUACUUUAAAAUGGGAUAAAGAAGAUGAAUGUUACAAAACAAUAAUACAUGCAUCAAAAGGUAUAUAUUAUUUGCAAUUUAUUAUUAAUAAUGAAAUAAGAACAUGUGGAACUAUGGAAAUAGUAGUAUUACCUAUUGUUGGAGUUGCUAAUAAAAUUCAAAUAAGUGAUUCAAAUACAAGUACCUGUAAGUUACUUUGA